CAGUUGCGUUGGAAUAUGCUCAAGCACAUGAGUGAAUCUAGCGCUGCAUUCCGCAUGCUUUCCUCGGUCUUCUGGCUGUGGCUACGCUCUCAUGGAAUCGACCAUUAUUCGUGGAUGACGUGCGCGUUUCUCGUCAUGUAUUCUUUACAGGCUCAUUUCAGACUUCCUUCUCUACCCACAUCGGGUAUACAGUCUCCCUCGCAAGAAUUCUUGAGCAAAGCGAACAGCGGCUCGAAUCAAGUACUCCAACGUCUCAACAUACCUAGCGUUCCGAGCAUUGCGGAUCUACCAGACAAUCCAGGUGUUUUACUGUGCAAGUUCUUCUCAUUCUGGGCUAAUAGCAAACAUAUACCUUACAAUUACGUUCUCGACUCCAUCGGUGGAACGUACACUCCUCGGAAACAAAAGUACAGAGCCAAUGGAAAAGACUUGGACGAAGCGCAGAUUAUGAAAGGAUUGCGUACAUUAUCAAUCAAAGGCAUCAAGGAUGCGUAUUGGGAUUAUAAUCCUCUCGUACUGGUCGACCCUUUCCUACCCUAUCAUAAUCUCGCACACAUGGUUACGAAGCAUGCUCUUCACUUAAUGUUUCACAGGGCACAUUUCGCUGCUUAUGCCCUUAAACAUGGGCAACCUGUGACAGAAAUAUUUGGCACGGAGGGUCGAUCGCUCCCGGAUACAUACGCAUGGAAGCAGGGUGUUGCUUGGCUACCAUCACCCAGCAGCCAGUCAACGAGUUUACCGCAUCCGUUCCAGCGUACAUAUUAUACUUCCGCGCGAGCAAAGAGAUCAAAGCUGCCUCCACCCACGAUCCACGCUCUACCGGGAGUCCCCCGAUAUGUUCUUGCAAACCGCGAGAGGACCAUCAAGCGUGUUGAAAGGGCGAUUCGGAAACGAUAUGGCAAUCAGUAUACCGUGGAGUGUUUCGGUAGUACGCAGUACGGUGUUGACUCGCCUACGAGUGAUCUUGACCUUGUCAUACUGGAUCACGAUCGGGAGAACGGGUUCUCUCCGGAUGUUUCCACUCGAUCAUUACCUGUUGUGUACAACGUGCAAAACUUGGCCCGUUCCUUGGAAUAUAACGGCUUUCGAGUUUUUCAAACUAUUCCCACAGCAAGUGUCCCAAUAGUGAAGUUUGAAGACCCACGAACAAAUUUGAACUGCGACAUUAAUGUCAACGACCGUCUGGGCCUUUGCAACACGCGGCUUAUUGCUCAGUAUUGCAAGUUAUCGCCACUGUUGAGACCAUUACUCGGCUUGAUUAAGAAGUGGGCAAAGACAACGGGACUGAAUGACCCCUCGGGUGAUAAAGGCACUGCGACGUUUAGUAGUUAUUCGUUGACGUUGAUGACAAUUGGGUUCCUUCAGGCGCAUGAACAACUUCCAAACCUCCAAGCUGGCCUUCCACCGCUGACUGCAGAAGACGCGUUCUGGCUACGGGGGAAGGAUAAUGUUCGAACCCGAUGCGACCCUCGUUUCGAUCAGAAUCUUUCCUGGUCCCCACCUGAGGAUGCGGUCACGUUCGACUUGCGUGGGGUGUUGUGUGCUUGGUUCCGGUACUGGGGUCAUCAGUACAACUACUCGCUGGACGUCAUGAGUAUCCGCGAUGGAGGCGUUAUUCCUCGGGUUGACAAAGCCGAGACGACUCUAACUGCAGAUAAGCAAGGAAAGAAACGCGCGAAGGUCCUCGCACGACGAUCUCAACGAGACAGGAAGAGGGCGGAGAAGGAGGCUAGGGCUGGUCGUAAUACUUCUUCAGAUGCGAAGGAAACGGAGAGUUUUGUGGAUGAGUUAACUGGUGAACGUGUCGAGCUGGAAUUGGAGAGUGAAGACGUAGUAGAGGAGGCGGGAGAGGAGGAAACUGCGGCCGUUGAAGACCUUGAUGACACCGCGCUCGAAGAAAUGGCCGAAGCGGAUCUUGAACAGGGCAAACAGCCACGCUCAUGGGCGCUCGCAGCACUCGUCGUUGCUGAUCCUUUCAUUCUCUCCAAGAACGCAACUGGUGCGAUUACAGUACGCGCCAUCGAGCGAUUCACAGCCGAAUGUCGUCGCGCUCUGUUACUUCUCUCAGCUGAAGCAGACUUCGAGGAUCUUCUAGGCGAUGGAUCUGCCAUUGGCCGCCGCGGGGGGCGAGGGAGGAGGGGCGGAAAAGGUAAAGGUGAUAGAGGUAGAGGGGGAAGAGCAGAAUGGAUGACACGUGGUAGACAGGGUAGUCGGGGGCGGGCGGAUCAGGGCGAGAAGGAGAAGAGAGAGACGUCUCGUUCAUCAGGUGGAAAUAGGAAUCGGGAUGGAGAUGGAGAUGGAAGACGUGCGCGAUCGGAUAGUCGUGGUAACAACGGAGGAGAGAAGGAUUCUGGAGAAGUCAGGCUGAAGGAGAGUGGGUCUUCUCGAGGACAGGGAAGGGGCUAUGGGCAUGGAAGCGGACGUGGGCGAGGUGGAGAACGGCCUGUACAGAGUCGUGGAUCGGGCAGAGGGACAGAGCGAGAAGAUAGGAACGCAGGGCAAGAAGCGGACCCGAUGAGGUAUAAUGGACCUGGGAGGUGGGCUACGAGGAGCCUUGCUAUUCGGAGGGGUACUGGAAACGCAAACACUCGCGCUAAUCCAUCGUAAAGGGAAACCGAUGAAGAGGGGUAAAAGGGGACGUGGUGAUGUUCGCAGUUCUUGCUCUGUUUAUUGUCUUGCAUAUGCAUUUUCCCUUGAGUUAUUCGAUUAAUCUUUACAUGAAGU